AUGUUAUGUUCAUGUUCAUGUUUCGAAUUGAAUGAGCUAACCGAUGAAAUUCUUUUGCUUAUUUUUGAAAAAUUGGAUAAUCUUGAUAUACUUUAUUCUUUGCAUGGUGUUAAUAAACGAUUGAAUAAAAUAAUACGUGAUCCAUUAUUUACAAGUAGUCUGAAUUUUGUCAAAUGGUCAUCUAAUAAAUUUAAUAAAUUUUCUUCAAAUGUUAUAUUUAAUCGAUAUUGUUUACAAAUUUUACCUGAUAUAUCUAUGAAAAUCAAAUGGCUUUACAUUGAAUCAUCAUCUGCGAAACAUAUUCUACGUGCUGCAGAUUAUCCGAACUUAUAUGGGCUUGGCCUAUAUAAUAUGAAAGAAAAGACAGCUAGACGUCUUUUUACUAAUAAAAAUCUUUCAUGUGGUUUUUUUAAAAAGCAAAUCACAAGACUUAUUAUAACAAUUGAUCAAAAGAAAAAAGAUCUAUUCACAAAAGUGAAAAUCUGCAGUCGUAUUUUUUCUAUAUUUAUCAAUUUAACACAUUUAACAUUUUCUGAAUCAUCAUUUGAAAAUAUUGUCCGAUUAUUAAUUGAUGUUCCAUUUCGAAGUUUCUCUUCUUCAAGUCUUAUGGUAUUAAAUAUCAAGGUUCAAAGUUUCUCACAAUGUCUUUAUCUUCUUGAUGGUCGUUUCAGUCAACUGCAAACACUCUAUGUUGAUUUGGCUAAAGUUCUUUCAAUAGAUCUACCUGAAAAUAAAGUAAAAAUUCCAAAUCUAAAGUGUUUUGUUCUGUCAUGUCCUUGGGAAAUAUCAUGGUAUGAAGAAUUAAUUCUGCCACUUCUUUAUCGAAUGACAAAUUUAGAAAAACUUGGUUUAUAUCUUACGUUCUAUGUUAAAGAUACAUUUAUUGAUGGAAAUCAUAUAAAGACAAAAAUAUUGUCACAUAUGCCGCAACUAAAUAUAUUUGCAUUUCAUAUUCAUUCACUUAUGUUUAUUAAUAAUCAAAUAAAUUUACCAUCAAAAGAAGAUAUUCAACAGACAUUCAUAGAUUUUAAGCAUACUAAAAUAAUAUCUUAUGUUGAUUAUUUUCUUGAAAAACAAAUAGGUCAAUGUCAUGUUUAUUCAUAUCCAUCUGAAAUGCAAUAUUAUCAAAAUAUAACAAAUCUUUUUCCAGGUGGAUUAUAUCAAUAUGUUCGUUUAAUAUCAUUAUAUGAUGAACAUCCUUUUGAACAUGAAUUUUUUAUUCAAAUUCCUCAAUCAUUUCCACUUUUGGAAAGUUUAACAUUGAUUAAUAAUCAAUCACAAAAAUAUAAACAAUCUUAUAACUCAAUAAAUUAUGAUUACAAUUUAUCAAUUGUUAAAUAUAAUCAUCUUAUUACACUUGAUAUUUCAAAAGUUCAUGAAGAUUAUAUAGAAGAAUUUUUAUUUAAUACAAAAACAUAUUUUCAUAAUAAUAUUUUUCUUAAUAUCAAUUAUAAAUCAUUAGAAAGAGUAACACACAAUUUUACACGAGAUGAUACACGAAUUAAUUGUGCCAAAAUAAAUGAAAUUAUUUUAGUUGGAGAAAAAACUUAUUCCAAAUCUUUGCGAGAUUAUUUUCCUAUUGCAAUAAUACAUUGA